AGAGGGCGCGCUUUAGUUUAAACUAAAUACAUCGAUUAUAAUCGACAGAUAUAUCGAGAAGAAUGUCAUGAUCGACCGUACAUUUUCCAAAUUUCAGUUACUAUAGCCAGGCUGUAUCAUCGUAUUCGUACUAUUUGUUGUAGUAGCUGUAGGCCUACUUAUUAAUUAAAAGAAAAAAAAACAAUUGAUGAUAACCUCUCCGACUGAUAUUGGCACGGCUAAUGCACGCUGAGGUGAACUGGGUGAGGAGGAGGAUAUUCAUCCAUCAUGUCUCUCAAGCCAAGGGUUGUCAACUUCGAGCAAACCUGGGACAGGUUGUUGGAGACGGUCAAAGGAGUAAUUCAGCUAGGAAAUGUCAAGAGGAAAAUAUGGAAUGAUCGUUUCUCUGAUGUUUAUGCACUGUGUGUUGCUUUUCCUGAGCCACACAGCAACCGUUUGUAUGAGGAAACCAAAAUCUUCCUAGAGGAACAUGUGCAAACAUUAUACAAGGAUGUUGUCCAGGCUGCAGAUGGUCUUCUUACUAUUUAUCACCGACAUUGGCAAGAGUACAGCAGAGGAGCAAGCUAUCUAGAUCAGCUGUAUUCUUACCUAAACCAGCAGUUUAUCAAAAGGCAAAAAAUGAGUGAAGCAGACCGAACGUUUGGCUACUCAUUAGACACUGGUGAAGAACAACUCAUGGACAUUGGUGAGUUAGCUCUUGAUACAUGGAAGCGACUAAUGAUCAAACCAUUGAAGAAGAAUCUUCAUGAGUUGUUGCUUCGAGAAAUUCACAGAGAUCGGUGUGGUGAAGACACCAAUCAGGCUGUACUUCAUGGUGUCAUUAACUCACUCGUUGAUGUGGAGCGCUACAGGCAAAAGGACCAAGUGCAGUUAUAUCAAGAGUUAUUUGAGAGCAAGCUUUUAACUGAGACUGGGGAAUACUACAGGAAAGAAUCAGCCAAUCUGCUGCAGAAUUACAACUGUUCACAAUACAUGGAAAAGGUGCUCCAAAGACUACAGGAGGAAAACUUUAGAAGUCGGAAGUUUUUACAUCCCAGCUCUUACAACAAAGUGAUGCAUGAAUGUCAAAUGAGGAUGGUUGCUGAUCACAUGGUCUUCCUACAUGGUGAAUGUAAAAACAUGGUGCGCAAUGAAGUACUAGCAGACCUUUCUAGGAUGUACAAGUUGCUCAAACCCGUUGUAAAUGGACUUCACAUCAUGGUCAAUGAACUCCAAGAACACAUCAAACAAACAGGGUUGCAGGCUGUUUCAAGUCUACAGGGUGAAAAUAUCCAUGCCCUAUUUGUGGAUGCAAUCUUGGCCUUACACAGCAAGUAUACAAAGAUGAUAUGUGAGACAUUAGGCAAGGAUAAAGUCUUCUCCAUGGCCUUGGAUAAGGCAUGUGCUGCCAUAGUCAACCACAGACCUCACCCAAGACAGCCUUGCAAAUCACCUGAACUGUUAGCCAAAUACUGUGAUACAUUACUGAAGAAGAGUGCGAAGGGAGUCAGUGAAUCUGAAAUUGAUGACAAGUUACAACAAUCCAUUUUAGUCUUUAGAUAUAUUGAUGACAAGGAUGUCUUCCAACGGUUUUAUGCACGUAUGUUAGCCAAGCGAUUGAUUCACGGCUUGUCAACAUCCAUGGAUACUGAAGAAUCUAUGAUCAACAAAUUGAAGCAAGCUUUUGGCUACGAGUUCACCAACAAGCUUCACAGAAU